CAGGUGCAACAUCAAGAUUAAAAUCUAAGCAUGAUGAGGCAGCUGACAUGCAUCUUGAUCGCCUUAACGAUCGUUGGAGUUUAUGCGGAUGAACCGGAGAGAUUAGUAAACGGAAUACCCACCACCAUCAAAGAGUACCCUCAUAUUGUCUCCCUCAGGAUCAAUGGCAAUCAUAUGUGCGGUGGUAAUCUAAUUAGCCCUCGUCAUGUCCUCACAGCUGCGCAUUGCGUAGAACCUUUGGUCAAAGAUGACAAGCUGAGAAACACUUUUACCGUUGUCAGUGGCACAUCUCUGCUCAGCUCGGGCGGACAGAUUAACAAGGUGUCAAGAAUGUGGUAUCACGAAGACUUCAAUAAAAAUGGAAAUAUGGAUUCCGAUAUCGGUUUGCUUGAGUUAUCCAGUCCCAUUACUGUGAAUGAAGUGCAAAAGCCAAUCAGCCUUCCAGAGUCAGACGUACAAAAGAAUGAAGCUGUUACACUCGUGGCGUGGGGUUCUACAGGUUUUAUGCGACCCGUACACGAUGAUUUGCGGAAAUUGAAUGCAAAAAUCAUGCUGGCAGAUGAGUGUCAGAAAUAUCAUAGGCUGAUGCGCAUUAACGACAAAGAAUUCUGUACUUUAAUCUCCAGAGGAACUGGGGCUUGCAAUGGUGACAGCGGUAGCGGAGUUAUUAGCGACAGUAACGAAACGCUUGCCGGUGUGGUCUCCCGCGGAAUACCUUGUGCCCGGGGAUUCCCAGAUACCUUCACCAAAGUAAAAAGUUUUCUCUCUUGGAUCAAUAAUAAGAUGUCAAGCUAAUAAUCAAGAUAAUAAUGACCUUUUUCAUGUAUUGCCAUAUCCUUAGCAUUCAAUAAAAAUUACACGCAGCAAAUAUUCUAAUUUAGAGAUGUUUUCUCAUUCUCAAAUAUUUACGUUUGAGCAAAUCAAGCAAACUUUUUCCAAAACAUUUUACUUGAUCCAAAUAUUACUAAUGCACA